UGCAGAGAGAGCAAAGUAGAGUCCAAAACGAAAGAGCCCACCACGAACGCCAUGGGCUCGUCUCUGCGAGAGCUCGAGGCGCUUCAAACCCGAAUCCUCGAACGUAUAGCCCAUCUCGAGCUCUCCCUCCACGCCCAUCGCCUCUCGCCUCUCUCCCUCUCCUCCGGCGACGGCGCCGUCACCGGCGGCGGCGGCGGCGGCGGCGAUGGCGGCGGUGGUGGCUUCUCCACCGAGUCGCGCCUCAGCGCUGUUCUAUUUGCCGGCGGAGUCCGCGACUUCUCGUUCAAGCGCGUGCCAUCCGAUUACUACGAUCGGAGCCUCGAGGAGAGGCGCGAUAUCUUGGGCGCCCCCUCGAUCGAUCACCUCUGCAAGAGCAUCGUCCUCGUCAAUACUCAAGCUCCUGCAAGUGUUGCGGAUUGCAGCAAUCAUAGCAAUUCAAAGUAUUACAUUGUUGUCAUUCAGUACAAGGCUCGCCUUAAUGCUGAAAACAUCAAAAACUCCAUUUACACACUGAACGACAGGCAGAUACCAAAGAAGAAAUUCAACUUUAGGCUUGCACCAGAAGAGGAGUCGGUUGCACUCACAGGAUAUGUGCAUAACGCAGUGACAUGUAUUGGAAUGAAAACAAACAUUCCGGUAAUUUUAGAUGAAGCGAUCGCCAAGUUGGAGCCAAACUUUUUCUGGUUGGGCGGUGGAGAAGUUGAUCUAAAGCUCGGGAUUAGGACCCCUCAAUUUAUAAAUGCUGUUAAUCCCUUCGUGGUGAGCUGUAGCUAAUGAUGCUCUCUAGUGUAGAAACUUCAAAACAAACAUUCAACCCAUGUGGUGGCGAGCGAUCCUAAUCUUCCGAUAGGCGAUAACACGGGAAGCACUCGAAGUUGGUUUUCUACUCAACCGGGGUGUGAUCGGUGUGUUCUUCGAAGCAGGCAAUUUUAUUUUUAACUAACCAUUCUUGCACUGUCAUUGCAUUGUUUUGAUGGUGAGGGACCAGUUUGAAGUGUCGAUUUGUUUGUAUUUAAAUGUCAUUGAGGGGGAACAUUCUUGGAAAACUUAAAACAAAUGGAUUUGUAUCCGAGUUUGCCACAGCAAUUUCUUGGUAAUUUGUGUCCUAAAUGCACAUGGGCAACUACCAAGGGUUUUAGGAAAAGCCAAAAACUUUGUAAUAUUAAACUAGAUAUUGAGUUACAAGGUUGAAUGUUGGAGCAUCAUUUUUGAUUAGUUUAUAUUGCUUAAGAGUUGUAA